AUGCCGGUUCGGUUCUUCAGAGACGCCGGCGCCAACUUGGCCGCGUGCUCUAGAGGAGUGCGGAGAUACUUUCGUCGUCUGUACCGUCACAUCCUUGAGCAAGACAAUUCUUCUCAGCAGGAUGAGGAUGUUCAGCAGAGGGGUCGCAUGGCAAACCCGCUCGUUAUCCUCGUCGUGGAAAUUCUCACGACUGACUUCUCCAUUUCUCGAGCAACGGUUGCUCAACUCGGCUUCGGCCUCGUGUACGGCGUUGCCAUCAGCGGCCUCCAUCUGCCACUGAAACGCCGAACUCGCUUGAGAACGGUCGUCACACUGGCGGGCGUGGUGCCCGCGGCCGUAUACCUCAUCCCGGGCGGCCCGACGCUUCAUGUGAUUCCCAUGAUCAUCAUCUCCGCUGCGGCGGGGACUGAGAUCCAACACUGUCUUGUUUUUCGGAGUCGCGACAGGACCGCCGACUCGGUCCUGCGACCUCAGAGCUCGGUCGAGUGCCUCUUGGUGGCUUGGUUGAUUGCCGCUGGAGGCAACGCCAAAGGAGUCAGCCACUUUGUCCAAGCUGGCGCGGUGCUUUGCUUGGACGUCCUCUCCUCGUCUAUCAAGACCAGGCCUUUGAUGAGGUUCUUCCUCCGAGUGGUCUUGGUGACGAUGGGGUUGGCGUGUUUGGUUCAGCAAUUCCUCCCUUCUUCGACACCCAAGAAUCUGGACCGCCGAGGUGAGGUCGCAUGCUCUUCUCAAGGACAGAAAGGUUGGCCCAGGCCUGAAGUCCUGACGGUGGUCGGCUUUUUUGUGACACCCGGCAUGGCUGUUUUGUACAAGGAUGUUCGAGAGUUCAUCAUCCCUAGAGUGUACCGCUGGGUAUUUCGUAGACAAAGGGUACAGGAGGACGAGGAGGAUCCCGCGGCAAAUGGCGUUCUGCCUGUUCAGAAUAACGAGCUCCCAGCGUGGGGUGAUAUCGAAGCAGAACUUUUUGCCGGAGUCGAGCAGUGGAUGGACUGA